CCUGCCUCUGAUCUGGCCAGGGCUCCUCCCUACCUGCCCCUUACUAAGACUCCUUGAAUCCAGGUGCCAGCCUGGAUGCUGAGGCCCUGCCCCCACCUUCCCUGCCUCACAGCCCCACUGUGAGGUCAGAGCCUUCCGACAAGUUCUGUCCACAGGUGUGCCGUGGGGCUGGGGGCUGGACAUGGCCCCCUGUCCCCAACCUGACUGCUGCCUGGCUGGCAGCCCCCUGGGCCUGAUAUGUCUGUCCCUUUUGCUCAUCCCUGCUGCAGCUGGAACCUACUGUGACUGCAGCCUGGGCCUCAGCCGCGAGGCCCUCAUCGCUCUCAUUGUGGUGCUGGCAGGAGUCAGCGCUAGCUGCUUCUGCGCCCUCAUGGUUGUGGCACUUGGAGUCCUUCGAGCCAAGGGUGAACCAAGCACCAGACAUGUGGACAACAGGUUGGUGGGGCACUUCGGGGUCCAGGAAGAUCGAAUGGACCUGCAUGCAGUGCACGUGGAGUCCCACCUUAUGGACCCUGAACUGGAGGUUUCCAUGAUGCCAUCACUGGAGGACCAUGGCCUCAUGACCAUCCCCAUGGAGGCUACUCUAGAGGAGCCGCCCCCACCCCCACCCCCUGAAUAG